CACCUUCUCUGCUUCUCAUCUACACGUUUCCUUAGUCUCGUCUUCUCUAACAAUCGAAACUACAGUAAUCAUCAACAUUUGCUUGUUAUUAGAGCUUCUGAACGAGAGAUCCAUUGUUUGUAACUAGUUUCUCUUCGAGUUUGAAUCCUUAAGCUACUUCUUCAAGAUUAGGAGGAUAAUGGCACAAUUUCAGAACGACGAGCUGGAGUACAUGGUUGAUGACUACUAUGACAUGGCUGAUUUUGAAGAUGAACCAUUCGAAGAAUCUCAACAACAGAGGCAUGGUGAAGAUUCGGAUGUGGAAGACGAUUUUGACAUGAACAAAUCAAAGACGGAUACCUCUGCUAUCGAGGCUCGGAAUGGGAAGGAUAUUCAAGGAAUACCCUGGGAGAGGCUGAAUUUCACGAGGGAUAGGUACCGUGAGACGAGGUUGAAGCAGUACAAGAAUUACGAGAACCUUUCUCGUUCUCGCGAAGACCUUGAGAAGGAAUGCAAGCAGGUAGAUAAGGGAAGCACAUUCUAUGAUUUCCAAUUCAACACGAGGCUUGUGAAAUCAACAAUUGUUCAUUUCCAGCUGAGAAAUCUAUUGUGGGCAACAUCAAAACAUGAUGUAUACCUGAUGCAGAAUUACUCUGUCAUGCAUUGGUCGCCCCUUCUCAGGAGGGGCAAGGAAGUACUCAAUGUAGCUGGACCAAUUGUGCCCUCCCUGAAAUCUCCUGGAUCUUUGGCUCAAUCCCUGUCAAGAGUGCAAAUCAGCACCAUGGCUGUUAAAGACAACCUAAUGGUUGCAGGUGGUUUCCAGGGAGAGCUUAUCUGUAAGUUUCUUAAUCGUUCAGGAGUCAUCUUUGGCACAAAAAUCACAAAUGAUGAGAAUGCGAUCACCAAUGCAGUGGAUAUCUACCACAGUUCCAAUGGCUCAACUAGAGUCAUGACUGCAAACAAUGAUGCACAAGUGCGAGUAUUUGACACCGACACUUUUGCUUGCCUGAAUCAUUUCUCUUUCGAAUGGUCUGUAAAUAACACAUCUGUUAGUCCAGAUGGUAAGUUGCUUGCUGUUCUAGGGGAUAGUGCAGAUUGCCUGAUUGCUGAUGCUCAAUCUGGGAAAGUGGUUGGAAAUCUCAAAGGACACCUGGACUAUUCAUUUUCAUCAGCAUGGCAUCCGGAUGGCCGGAUUCUGGCCACUGGGAACCAGGAUACAACAUGCAGGCUCUGGGAUGUAAGGAAAUUGUCCGAGUCUCUGGACGUCCUAAAGGGGCGAAUGGGGGCAAUUAGGGCUGUGAAGUUCACCUCCGAUGGACGGUUCAUGGCAAUGGCAGAGCCAGCCGACUUUGUUCAUAUCUAUGAUUCCCGUUCUGGGUAUAGAAAGGCACAGGAGAUUGAUCUGUUUGGGGAGAUAGCUGGCAUAUCAUUUAGCCCUGAUACAGAGGCUCUCUUUGUUGGGGUAGCUGAUCGCACCUAUGGGAGUCUACUAGAGUUCAAUCGAAGGCAUUGUGACCAGUAUCUGGACUCCAUCUGAUGGGGUGCAUGAGCUGCUGCAGAAAAGUCCUUG